CACUAAAUCUGAAUCCGCACUCCAUUUUUAAUUACACGAAUUUUCUUUUCUUUUCUUUUGGAAAGUUUAUUUUUGUUCCUUUCCCCCACACAUCGUUGCCUGUUCUUCCUUUUAUUUCUUACUUCAAUUUUGCAAAACCCCAAAACACACACACAAAAAUCACAAACAUGGUCGCUUUGGUCUCUCCAGACAACAUGGUCGCUUUGGUUUCUCGUACUGGAAGGCAUUUGCAGCGUUAUGAUAUUAGGGGUCGCCGCCAAGUUGUUGGAUGCAUCCCCUAUAGGUACAACACUACUAAGAAGAGUGCUUUGGAUAAUACAGAGGAAUUGGAAGUGCUUGUGAUUAGCUCACAGAAAGGGAAAGGCAUGCUGUUCCCCAAGGGAGGUUGGGAAACUGAUGAAUCUAUUACUGAGGCUGCUUCAAGAGAAACCCUUGAGGAAGCUGGUGUUAAGGGAAUUGUUCAGAGUGAAUUAGGGAGUUGGAGUUUCAAGAGCAAAACCUAUGACACCUUCUAUGAAGGAUACAUGUUUCCUUUGCUUGUCAAGGAGCAGCUCGAGUAUUGGCCCGAAAAGAAUUUUCGACAACGAGUUUGGAUGAGCGCUCGGGAAGCUCGGGAGGUUUGUCAACAUUGGUGGAUGAAGGAAGCAUUGGAUGUUUUGGUAGGACGGCUUUCAUUGCAAAAGAAGCAACAGAUUGAGGAAGUAAUCCCGUGCUCAGCUUGUUGAGCGAGCUAGCUAGCUAGGACGGAGGUCGCCUCUCGUCGCUUGCGUUCAUGGUUUUCGUGUAAAUAAGACGUCGAAGAAGAAGGAAGAAAGGGAUUAAAAGUCUGCAUUUUCUGGAUAUUUGGUAGAAUCAUGCAGCAGCUCAAGAACACACACCAAUGGAAGUCUGAUUGAGAAAACAGAAACUUUUAUUUUCCUCCACAAAGAUGAAGAACACAGAUUUGAUCAUCAUCACAAACACAAACGUUGUUUC